AUGUACACACCGCAAGGCGCCGGCCAGUCGGAAUUUGCGAAAGGACGGUGCGGCUCGAAAUACGAGGUGCCUUCUUCCCAGAGAGGAUAUGUCGGCACGGUGGCUGGGAUCGGGAUUCGGGAUUGGGGUGCCCGAGCGAUAGAGUUCACUAUGCAGAGGGUGAUGCCGGGAGAUCUCGCAGCUGGGCCGACGCUAGCUAAUUGGCGCGGUGGUCCCUGGACGUUAUCGGAAGGCGGUCUUCUCAUCGGACGGGGCUCGCGCUCUGGGUCUGUCAAGGCAGAAUGUGCUUCGGCAGGAGCUCAGGCUUCUGGCCCCUCGAGUGAUCGAAGAUGUCAACGCCUUCGUGAUGCUCUUCCAGAUGAUGGACGCAGAUGUGACAAGGGUGCUGUGGUCGCGCAGACAAUCAGCGCGACUAUCUCGAUCAGGCCCCCGAUCAACCAGCCGCUCCGAGCCCGGUGA